AAGAUUUCUUGGUUAAGAGCGGCACUCAUUGCUGGCCAGUGGUCCAUUUCUAAGAGCAUCUUUUCCAAAGGGUUACCAGCAGGCACCAUGAAACUGCGCUGGAGCACUUUUGAAGCAUCAGCCAUAACUGUGGAGAUUUGAGGGCAUUUGUCAGCAUUUUUUCAUGCUGAUUCGGCUAUGCACAACAGUUUAACUAUACAACAGUCAAUGAGCUCAUAAUGCAGCAGAGUGAAACCGAGUCGUAAACGGACUGCUAUAGAUAUUCAUCUAAAGACGAGGAAUGGCGACAGAAGCGAUGGAGCUGAAUGGAGAUGCCAACAGAGGGAAUGUAGGAGUGCCUUCUCGGCAGGGACGAAUCUCCAGGAACAACCCCAUUAACAUGAACCACUACGCCAAUAAGAAGAGCGCAGCGGAAAGCAUGUUGGACAUAGCGUUACUGAUGGCUAAUGCAUCCCAGCUGAAAACCAUUCUGGAGUUGGGUCCCGGUUUCUCUUUUUACACUCCUCUCAUCACCCUGAUCAGCAUCUCUCUCAUCCUGCAGAUCAUUGUAGGAGUCCUGCUGAUCUUCAUAGUAAAGUGGAAUCUUAAUGACACCAGUAAACAUUACAUACUCAAUCUUCUGGAGAACAUUGUCACAGCUCUCGUCUUUAUUAUCGUAGUAGUCAACGUUUUCAUCACAGCGUUCGGUGUACAAAAACCAGAAGAAAAGAAAGUGUGAUGUUUUCUCCUACCAAUGGAGAUUCAAAUGGACAUAAACUGUUAGAAAUAUUAUGAUGAAAUUGUGUGUGCUGUUUAUGUAAAUGAUAUGUUUUUAAAUGCAUCAGGUAAUAACAAUUCGUGAAUUAUUAUAGAUCAACUACUGAUGAGCCCAAAAAAUAUCUAA